UGUAUAUAUCUUCUUCAUGUUUGAGAAUCUAUGUCAUCUCUUGUUGCUAAGAUUUAUAGUGGAUUUACUUUUGUUGCUACAUGUGCAGUUAACACCAAGGUGGACAUGCGGUUCAAUGUAAAACAGGCUUAUUGGCUUAGUGACAGGAUUAGAGUGAGGAUUAUGCAAAUGGUGAGGAAAGAAAAUUUAGGAGACAGAAUUACAGCAUUUCACCCUGCUUGUUUCACCAUUUGGGAAGAAAAAUGGUGGAGUACUGCUGCAAGAAGAUGAUAUUGUUGUUAGCAAUGUCAGAAUUGAUUUGACUCGUGGAAGGCAAAAUCCUCUCGAAAGGUAUCAUGAGCCGUUUAUGCUCAAUUUGAAGAGGCAAAUAUUUUCCUUGUUUUUCUAGGUUUCAUCUUUGACUAUAGUCGUUGAUACUUUUUUUUCUUGUUAAUUUUUGUUUCAUUUCUCCUC